CUUUCGUUACCGCAGUUAGGACAUCCCAAAAGAAAAAAAUCACCAGCUCAACAGUCCAGACAUGACUCGAGAAGACCAUAAGCAGGACUCUGGCCUUCGUGCACUCCGAGCCCACCUUAAUACUCGGCCUGAUCUCCUGCUUGCUAUUGCCAUGCGUCAUGCCACCAAUCCCCUUCUUCACCCCGCCCCUGACCCACUAACCAAGAGUCCUACCCAAACACCUCCCAGCCUUCGCCUCUCUGUCCCGCACGGUAGCCCUACUUACGACGCUCUUGGUAUCAAACUUCGUACUAAAGCCCGUGAGGUCGAUGUCGACAUUCCGCUCCAAUCUACGGCAAAGACUGCGAGUGAAGUGAAGCAGGCAAUUGAUAAGAUGGGCGAAGAUGCGUUGAAAUACUACAAGGUUCCCAAAGACCCCCAGGUCAAUGUAUUCGUCCCUCCCAAGUUUACUCACACCCUCGUCCUGCUACCUCUCGCUCUUCUCAUUUACCUCGCGGCCGCGCCUUCUACUUCAAACGCCGCCAACGCGGGUAGGGCGUUGGUUAGCAAAUAUUUGAGUGACUACAUGAUUCCUGCCUCACUGAUAUUUUCUUUUGCUUGUCAUAUCAUUGUCGAGCCUCUUCUGCUGAUUAUAAAAAUAGAUAAACAUCAAGUGCCGAUUAUCCCUGCGCUAUGCUACAUGUUUACUGUCGUUCUUAUCGGUUUUGGAGGUUUGAACGCCUUAGAUCGUGCUGUUGUACAAGAACGUAUCCGCCUCGUUCGCUCUCAGUCUGCGGAUACCAAGAAGUCUCAGUAAUAACCUUGCCUUACAUUUUGGUAUCACCUUUCAUUACUGGUGACCAUUUUUUACUUCAAUCAGUAGUUAUACGUCUUGUCUUUGUCUGUGUAGUAUUCAAUUCACGACGUUCACGAUAAAUUAUAAUACAUGCCUAUGCAUAUUGAUAAUC